AUGCUGGCAUCCCGCGUCCAGCGCGCCCGUCGGGCGACGAGCCUUCGCUGGUUGUCCCAAGCUGCACGUGCCUACGACGUGGUCGUCAUUGGCGGUGGCCACGCUGGCUGCGAAGCGGCGGCCGCAGCUGCGCGCACCGGCGCCAAGACAGCUCUUUUGACGCAGAAACUAGAGACGGUUGGCGAAAUGUCGUGCAACCCCUCGAUCGGUGGCGUCGGCAAGGGCACGCUCGUGCGCGAGAUCGACGCUCUCGACGGGCUCAUGGGCCGCAUAGCCGACUCGGCCGGCAUCCAAUUCCGCAUGCUGAACGCGUCGAAAGGCCCGGCGGUCCGCGGCCCGCGCGCGCAGAUGGACCGCGACAUCUACCGCGCCAACAUGCAGGAAGCCCUUCGCGCGCAAGACAACUUGACCAUGGUCGAGGCCGGCGCCGAAGACAUUAGAAUCUGUCCAGUGACGGGCAAGGUCACGGGUGUCAUCACGUCGUCCGGCACAACGAUCCCCGCCUCGGCCGUCGUCAUUACGACGGGCACCUUCCUGCGCGGCCGCAUUUUCAUCGGCGACAAGUCAUUUCCCGCGGGGCGCAAGCUGCGCGAAGCAGAUGGUGUCGAACCGCCGUCCGUGGGCCUCGCGCUGACGCUGGAGCGGCUCAACUUUCCUCUCGGGCGGCUCAAGACGGGCACGCCGCCGCGCAUCGACGGCAGCACCAUCUGCCUCGACGGACUCGAAGCGCAGCCGAGCGACGACGUCCCGACGCCGUUUUCGUUUCUGAAUGAAGGCAAGGCGCUGCCGCUCACCGACCGCUUCCUGCCCUGCCACGUCACGUACACGAACGAAGCGACCCACGCGAUUGUGCGCGACAACAUCAAGCUGCUUCCGCAGUACUCGGAGAACGAGGGCAAGGGCAUCGGGCCGCGCUACUGCCCGUCCAUUGAUGCCAAGGUCACUCGGUUCGCCGACCGAACGCGCCACCAGAUCUGGCUCGAGCCCGAAGGUCUCAACACGGACGUGUACUACCCCAACGGUGUGAGCACGGCGCUACCGGAAGACCUCCAGAUCCAGCUCAUCCAGACGAUCCAGGGUCUUGAGAACGCCAAGCUCGUCAAGCCGGGCUACUCGGUCGAGUACGACUUUAUCGACCCGCGAUCGCUGCAUCACACGCUCGAGACGAAGCAGGUGCCGGGUCUCUUCCUCGCCGGCCAGAUCAACGGCACCACAGGGUACGAAGAAGCGGGUGCGCAGGGCGUCCUCGCCGGUAUCAACGCCGGCCUUGCCGUGCAAGGCAAGCCCGCCUUUACGCUCGACCGCGCCGACGGCUUUAUCGGCGUCCUCGUCGACGACCUCGUGACGCUCGGCACCAAGGAGCCGUACCGCAUGUUUACUUCCCGCUCCGAGUACCGCCUCCUGCUGCGCCAGGACAACUGCGACUUGCGUCUCACGGCCCGUGGCCACGCGGCGGGGUUUGUCUCGGACGCGCGCCUUGCGGUGCUGCAGGAGAAGGAGGCGCACAUUGCGGACGCGUGGACGCACCUCAAGACCUUUGCGAUGGACCCGCACGAGUGGUGCAAGAUCGAUGGGAUCACCAUCUCCAAGGACGGCGUCAAGCGGUCGGCGGCCGACGUCCUCGCCUUUCCCCAAGUGUCGUGCGAGGACAUGCUCGCGAUCUGGAAGACGUACAACUACCCGCACGACAUCCACGAGAGCGUCCGGUCCCACAUGAAGACCGAGUGUCUGUACCAGACGCAGCUGCGGCUCCAGGCCAAAGAGAUCUCGGCGCUGCGCUCCAAGGCGCACAUCAAGCUGCCGGAAGACCUCGACUAUUUCGCGCUGCCGAUGCUCUCGAACGAGGAGAAGGAGAAACUGUCGGCCGCCAAGCCCACGUCGCUGCACGCUGCGAGUCGCAUCUCGGGCGUGCGCUCGGCGACGCUCCUGCUCUUGUACCAAUUCGUCUCGAAAACCAAAGGCGCCCAACAAUAA